CCCUCCCUCCCUCUACGGCGCAUCCAUUUCCUCCUCCUCCUCUCGUCUCCCCUUUCUCUCUCCCUCUCUCCGUGACGCGAAGAAGGAAAUGAUGCAUAGCGCUGCGCUGGCUCUGCUGCUGUGCUCCGCGGUUCACAUUGCCUUUGCCAUGACUGACGGUUUGUUGCCGAAUGGGAACUUCGAGGCGACGCCGAAGGCGUCGGAGAUGAACGGGACGCAGGUGUUGGGCCGCUACGCCAUCCCGCAAUGGGAGAUCUCCGGCUUCGUGGAGUACAUCGAGUCGGGGCACAAGCAGGGGGACAUGCUUCUGGUGGUGCCGGAGGGGGCGUACGCCGUCCGGCUCGGCAACGAGGCCUCCAUCAAGCAGAAGCUCACGGUGGUCAAGGGCAUGUACUACUCCAUCACCUUCAGCGCCGCCCGCACCUGCGCCCAGGACGAGCGCCUCAACGUGUCGGUCACCCCCGACUCCGGCAUGCUCCCCAUCCAGACCAUGUACGGCAGCGUCGGCUGGGACUCCUACGCCUGGGCCUUCCGUGCCCUGUUCGAGGUGGUCCACCUCGUCAUCCACAAUCCCGGCGUCGAGGAGGACCCUGCCUGCGGCCCCCUCAUCGACUCCGUCGCCAUCAAAACUCUCUACCCGCCCAGGCUCACCAGAGACAAUCUGCUGAAGAACCGUGACUUCGAGGAAGGGCCAUACGUUUUCCCCAACACCACAUGGGGCGUGCUGAUUCCACCCAACAUCGAGGAUGACCACUCACCCCUGCCCGGAUGGAUGGUGGAGUCCCUCAAGGCCGUCAAGUACAUCGACUCGGACCACUUCUCGGUGCCCCAUGGCAAGCGCGCCGUGGAGCUGGUGGCCGGGAAGGAGAGCGCCCUCGCCCAGGUGGCGCGCACCAUCCCGGGGAAGGUCUACACGCUGACCUUCUCGGUCGGCGACGCGGGCAACGGCUGCGUGGGCUCCAUGGUGGUGGAGGCAUUCGCGUCCCGUGGCACCGUGAAGAUCCCGUACGAGUCCAAGGGCACCGGCGGGUACAAGCGUGCGGUGCUUCGGUUCACGGCUGCGGUGGAGCGCACCCGCGUCGUGUUCCUCAGCACCUUCUACCACACCAAGACCGACGGCUCACUCUGUGGUCCGGUGGUGGACGACGUCUCGCUGUUGAGCGUUCGGAGCCCCCGCGCGCUCCGCCGCUGAGGGGCAGUGGACCGCUAUACAUUAAUGCGCGUCGAUUGCUUCCUUCCCCAGCAUAACGCAAUAAUCAUUAACUAAUACUGGGAACGUACGCGAGACACCUACCGUGUCAGCAGGAGAUUGAAGAAGAAGAAGAAGGUGUGGCGCCAUGACCAAACCAUCUCCUCCUAUUACCAAGCCUAUAUGUGGGUGCUGUGUCGGGUGAUCCGGCGAGCAAGAAUAUAUGUUCUGUAUUGUACUCUUACCAAUUUUAGUAAACGAGUACUUGCUUUUGUGCA